UGUGUGUGUGUGUGUGUGUGUGUGUGUGUGUGUGUGUGUGUAUAGCACAAGGGAGCAGGGGGAUGAUGAAGAGGGAGUACAACAUGCAUCAACUGGUGUCUGCUGUUUGUGUGUGUCUGUGGAGUCCUUGGUCUUGUGCUCGCGUUGACGUCACCCUUGUAGAUUAGCGUCUGUAUGGUGUGUGUGUGUUUAUGGCUGUGUUUUCUGUAGACGUUAAAACUGAACGGUUUGACGCGGGAGGCGUGACAUCAUGAAAGUGAAGGCCAGGAAAUGAGAGGGUGACGACGAUUGAGUGUUUACAUGAAGCAGGUGUGGGUGGGGGAGGAGAGGGGGGAGGCGGGGGGGCGGAGGGCGAUAAGGGAGAUAAACAGCCCGUCAGGGUUGGCUGACGGUACAGCGUGAUUGGACGAAUUCAGUGAGGACAGUAACGAAAAGAAAUUGGGUGCAUGUGGCGGAGAGAACAGGUGUUUAGAUAAUCCCAUCUAUCUCAUAGCCUUCAUCACACCACCCCUCUUCACACCAACACAAACACACGUGCGUACACACACACCUACAUAUGCAUAUUCCAUCGCCUCAAAAACAAUACACCUUUUGUAGAGAGGGGGUUACCUAAAGUCAAACGGGCAAAGGCACAUGGGAAAUCCUGUGUAAAAAAAGGGUUUACGAAAGCGUAUUAAAGUUUUCCCUCCCUCUAUCUCCCCCUCCCUCACCCCCACCCCACUAUCUCCUUCCUUUUUUAAUCCUCCAGCCACCAUGAAGAAGCACAAUGGCCCGAAUGGACAGGGCCGGAAUGGCGUGGACGUCGCCGCCCUAUCUGAGGGCGAUCUCCUGCUCCAGGCGUUGAACGGCUUCGUGAUCGUGGUCACCGCUGAGGGAUUGGUCUUCUACUCCUCUUCCACAAUCCAAGACUACCUGGGCUUCCAUCAGUCGGACGUGGUCCACCAGAGUGUGUACGAGCUCAUCCACACAGAUGACCGGGGCAUGUUCAGAGAGCAGCUUCACUUCGCUCUCAACCCCAAACUCUAUGCAACAGAACAAGGUGGAGACGUGUCGGCCUUGCAGUGCAGCAGCGACCAGGUGAAGUAUGACCCCGAGAGACUCCCCCCGGAGAACUCCUCCUUCCUGGAGCGGAGCUUCGUCUGCCGUUUCCGCUGUCUCCUGGACAACUCCUCUGGCUUCCUGGCUUUGAAAUUCCAAGGGCGCCUGAAGUACCUCCACGGCCAGAGCAUGAUGGGCGAGGACGGCUCGCGGGUCCAGUCUCAGCUAGCCCUGUUCAGCAUCGCCGUCCCCGUCCAGACUCCAUCCAUCCUGGAGAUCAGGACCAAAACACUCAUCUUCCAGACCAAGCACCAGCUGGACUUCACCCCGAUGGGCAUCGACAACAGGGGGAAGGUUGUUCUCGGCUACUCAGAGCUCGAGUUGUGUAUGCGAGGCUCGGGGUACCAGUUCAUCCAUGCAGCUGACAUGAUGUACUGCGCAGACAACCACAUACGCAUGAUAAAGACAGGCGAGAGUGGGCUGAGUGUUUUCCGACUGCUGUCCAAAUCGAGUGGCUGGGUGUGGGUGCAGGCCAACGCCAAGCUGGUGUACAAAGGAGGGAGACCGGACUUCAUCAUUGCACGCCAGAGAGCUUUAGUCAAUGCCGAGGGAGAGGAGCACCUCAGGCAGCGCCGGCUCCAGCUGCCCUUCAGCUUCACCACGGGGGAGGCCAUGCUCUAUGAGGUGGGCCCCAGCCUUGACGUCACGCAGAUCGAGACCAGUCAAAGCUUCACCAGCGGCCAGCAGGAGGAGGUGGGCGGCUUACUGGGCUGCUUCCUCAACCAGGACAAGAACGUCUAUGUGCAGGACUCGGAGGCCCAGCUCCCGGUGGACCAGGUGUUCAUGGAGAGCCGGGCGCUUGUCAACGUGCCCAGCGACCCCUGGCAGGCCCUGCGGCUGCAAGGGGACGACGGCGGGAACAUGAUCAAGGAGGAGGGCGUCACUUCUGUGUCGGCCAUGAUGAACGCCCUGGAGGACUUCGUGGAGAACGGGGAGCUGGUGUCGGCCCUGGAGGGGCUGGACGUGGAUGCCGGCGAGCUGAUGGAGUGGGAGAACACGCUCAAGAAGCUCAGUCAGGAGGAGAACGGCGAAAACGCCGACCAGACCAAGUACGAGCUGGAGAGCCUGCUCAGUAAUGACAUUUUUGCCUACGUGGACAAUGUUUUGUUUAAGGAAAUCGCAGAGGCUAAUUUAAAUACGAGCCAGUCUAGCUGCUUUUCGCCCGUCAACAAUAAUCAAUCCGACCUCUUCGGUCAGAGGGCGCACUACUCUGGCUCCGGGGACACUUGUGACAUGAUGAUGUUUCAGUCGCCUGCUGUUGGCGCAAACGCUGUCUCCCACGCCAAGGGCCUCAGCCCUGCGGUGGCGCCGCAGCCCAUGCACAACCGGCCGGCAAGCGUAGCGGCCAAAGGCUUGCCCCCACAAACCCCGGCGUUGUUUAACAGCACUCAGAAACUCUCCCAUUAUGGACCCGCCAUCCCUGAGGCCGUCCCCCGGCUUUCCGCCACCCCUCAGCUGCUCACAGACUUUUUCAACCCCUCCGUCAACCUCCCGGGCCUCAACCUUCCCAAGUUGCCGUUGGCCAGCAACGACCUGCGGACCUUUGAUCCUUGUGGACAGGCGUCGAUCAGCCACUAUCAAGGGCUGGCCGGCAACGCGAUGUCCAACCAGAUGCUGUCCAACCAGACGCCGUCCAAGCAGACGCUGUCCAACCAGACGCUGGCAAACCAGAUGCUCUCCAACCAGACGCUGUCCAACCAGACACUGUCCAACCAGACGCUGUCCAACCAGACGCUGGCAAACCAGAUGCUCUCCAACCAGACGCUGUCCAACCAGAUGCUCUCCAACCAGAUGCUCUCCAACCAGAUGCUCUCCAACCACACGCUGCCCAACCAGACGCUGUCCACCACGACGCUGUCGCCUCAGUCCCUCCAGCCAUGCCCCCUCACCGGAGGGCCCGCAGCCCCCAUGGGGGCCAACGGACACUUUCUCCAGGGUUCCAUUCAGCAACCGGCGGUCCACAUGGCACCCAACGUGGUGGCCCCUGCGCCGUCCAACCUCCCUCACAAUGACUUUUCCAUGCCGGCCAAUCCCAGCGAAAACAGCGCUCUCUUUACUGGCAACUGCAUGGUGCAGGGCGGCGCCCCAUUUCAAACACACAGCAACCACAGAGCACCGCAAUGGCAGCCGGACCUCCAGCGCCAGCAUCAGCCUCUAGCCCAUGCCAGCGUGGCUCAGAAUUCACACACACUGCCAGCUGGCAGCCACAGCCAAGCCUUUGAGAGCCAGCGACUCGCUGGCCUCUGGGCACAGAACUAUAACGGAAUGAACCAGCCUCCUCCGCACCGAGGCCUGGCCGGCCCCCUGCGGACCAAUCCCAGCAGCUGCAUGCUGGACAAGCCCUUGCACCCGCCUCCCGCCACACACACCCUCGGCCACCCUCACCCCCACACCAACGGCAACCUGGCCAGCGCCAACGGCACGGGGCUCGUCCCCGCCAUGCAGCUGUGCCAGAGGGGCAACGAGGCACCGGCUCUGCACCAGAGCCCUCCGAAGGGCUACGUCCAAUGGGGCCAGGGCCAAGGCAUGCCCCCGAUGGGCACCGCCGCCACGGGCCAGGAGAACGCCGCCUUUGGCGCGACGCCGCGGCAGCUGCUGCCGGCUAACAUUUCCUCGGGCGCGCCAGACGAUAUGGCAGCCAUGCCGCAUUACCUGGACGGCAACAAACACACACAGAUGCUGAGCCUCCCUACUGAAGACAACGAUCUGCUCGCCAUACCUCCCCUCGUCGAUGGAAAUAUUUACUUUUCCGAUCAGUCACAACUCAACUGUUGCAACUUCUGAGUUUGAAACGCAUCCUCUCCUUAAACCACAGCGAGGGCGAGCGAGGGCAUGGAUAACGUUUACUUAACAAAGCCCUUAUCAGUGCUGGGCCACGCCGCUUCAGAUGUGAUCAUCAAAAAAAUGUUAUCCUUAUAAUUAAUAUUAUGUACUGUAUAAAAAAAGAGCAGUAGCCAGUGUGCCUUGAGUAAUAAUGAAGUAUGAAGCCACAAGUGCAUUUAUUAAGGAAGGAACUUGAGCCAGCUAGGGACAUUGGCUAAGUUCCUCCUCUUUACCAAAGGACUUCAGUUUUAAAGGCAAUCCGGAAGGUCGUCUAUUUUUCUCUAAUCCUAAAGGACUAAAGUCACCCAUGGAUAAUAUCACCCCUCACGUUUUAAAUGCAUGAAAUGCAUUUAAAGAGGAUGAGAAAUUUAUCUUGCUUUUUUUCAAGAAAACAUUAAGAAUUUCAUUCCAAAAUGGCCUCUCUAAAAUGUACAAAGUGCCACAUCUGCUCAUACCAAAUGGUGGCUUUCAUUUAAUUGAACACUCGUGAGUAUCACGAAACAUGUUGAUCUAAAGAUCCCACCUAGCUGACAAAUAAGUGUAACCCCUUACACACAAAAAAAAGAUAGUGCCUUUGUUUUUUGUUUUUUCUCCUUGCCCCACUGUAUAUAUAGCAUUUUGGAAUGAAACACUUACACAGGAUUUAUAUCUUUGUUAAAAGUCUAAUUUGUGGAAUCUUUAUUUGUGUCUUUUUAUUGUCAGUGUCCUGAACAUCCUAAUUGUCUGUUGUGUUUGUGUCAAUGAGUAACCUUGCACUUGAUCUAUAUACAAUAAGAAGCAGCAUAAGAAACAAAGUGUGUGUCUGGAAAAAAAACAAUUAACAACUAUACUUUGUUUCAUAUUUAGUCCGGUUUUGGCUUGAUUAAUUGUAUCCACCGACAUGCACAAAAUGCUUUUUUUGUGUGAUACAUGUUUUUAUAAAAAAAAAAGGAAAUGUAAUUCUGGUUUAUGUGCUGUAGAUGAAAUGUUUCAGAAAAGUUAAUUUGGGAUGCACUGAUAACUGUUUGUACGUGCUAUCUCUAGCCAGAUAAAGGCGAUCAGUAUAUUACAAUUUUCUCAAACACUAAAAUGUGAGACCAAAUAUUAAUUCGCCCCAAAAUCAAAGUAUCAAAGCUUGAUGUUUCUCGCAUUUGUAGACGGAAGCAUCCUAGAUUUCCAUAAAAGAGGCAAAAACAUAAUGUAGCUUCAAACUAACUAGUCUUAGUUUGUAUUGCUCCCUAAGUCAGUAUUGGUAUCAUGUAUCCCAAGUGGCAACUAUAGUCAUGUUAUUUAUUUACCUACAAUGCUUCUCAAUACUAAUUUGGUAUUAUAUACCCACACUGAGCCUUAUAGGACUAUGUAACCCCACACCUUUUUGCUUAUGCUUUUCUUGCCUUUGAAACUGGCAUGGAAAGUGACAAGUCGAAGACAUCUCAACAGAGCUGUCCAUUAUUUCAACCGUAUAAAUAAUGGAAGCUUUGAAAACGAACAGCGUAUGUCGGUAGAUAAAUGAAUCGAUCUGUAUGAGUGCCUUGUAUUGCCCACAUUUUUGGCAUGUGAUUGCCAAUGAGAUAGACCCCAACCCCUCCUCCCUAUUUUGUGCCUCUCAAAACAGGAGAGCAGAUCAAUGUGACCUCUUUUCUUCUGACCUACUUGCUCAUUGUGCUUGAUGGCAAGGAGUCAGCGCAAGACAAACCAGUGGGCUGAAACCCCUCAUAACAUAACCCCUACGUAGCUGUUAUUGUUUUGUUUUGUUCAUAUGGUCAGCGUGCCGAAUUGUUUAAAAACUACAAAAUGUCUUUGAUAUUCAGUUUGAACGUGACGUUGGUGCAUUGUUCUGACUGUGCCCCGUGCUAUAGCCAUUAUAACAUGGAAAACUGGGGAAUUAUUGUGCUAUUCACGCUGAGUUUUUAUGCAUUCGUUUUCUAUGUUUCUGUAUCUGCUAAAAUCUACAGUAACCUUUCCUUUGUGAACCACCAUCCCUCCCCCCCCCCCCCCCCCCCGACAGUUAUACAGUUUAUUAUAUAGACCACUUGUAUUUAGCCAACUAUACAUUAGACUAUGUAACAUACUAUACCGAAAAUAACCAUGCCUUUUGACAAUUGUUUAAUUCUUUUUUCAUAUUAAAUAUAUUUGCAAUGAUUUGCAUUAUGCUACCAUG